CAGCGAUGUCAGUAGUUCUUUGGUUCAAGAGCCAAGUGGUAGUAGUUUCCGGGUAAUCUGGGGGUCACAUACAGAGGGGUCAGAAACGUGAAAGGCUUCAAAAUGCUGUUACGGAGAGUGCUUCACAUAGGAGGCUUGACGCUGAAACACAGCAGGUCCAUCCAUCACAGUCCUGCAUGGAGGAGUCCGCUCAUCCCCAUAGUGGUGGAGCAGACGGGGAGAGGAGAAAGAGCAUACGACAUCUACUCGCGCCUCCUGAGAGAGAGGAUCAUCUGUGUAAUGGGUCCUAUCGAUGACACUGUAGCCAGCGUGGUUAUCGCGCAGCUGCUCUUCUUACAGUCAGAAAGCAACAACAAACCCAUCCACAUGUACAUCAACAGUCCGGGUGGUGUGGUGACAUCAGGCCUGGCCAUCUACGACACCAUGCAGUACAUCCUGAAUCCCAUCUCCACCUGGUGCGUGGGCCAGGCCGCCAGCAUGGGCAGCCUGCUGCUGGCAGCCGGGACGUCAGGCAUGAGGCAUUCACUGCCCAAUGCCCGCAUCAUGGUGCACCAGCCCUCAGGGGGCACCAGGGGUCAGGCCACAGACAUCGCCAUCCAGGCUGAGGAGAUCCUGAAGCUGAAGAAACAGCUCAACCAAAUCUACGCCAAACACACGGGCCAGCUGCUGCAGACCAUCGAGGGGGUGAUGGAGCGGGACCGCUACAUGAGCCCGGUGGAGGCGCAGGACUUCGGCAUCAUCGACCGGGUGCUGGUCCACCCCCCCCAGGCCGGACAGGAUGAGCCCGAGCUGGUGCAGAAAGAGUCGGCAGCCAGCCCCCCACCACAUGCAGAGUGUGCAGCCUCUGAGCAGCCCCUGCCUGGGACCAACCCCACCUCCUCACACAAACCUGAGCCAUGAUGACUCAACAGAGCUGUCAUUUCUCUGCACUCGACCCCCAAAUGUACAGACAUCCUGUACAGUCAGAGAAAUGAUUAGUGUUACAGUGUUAGUCGGGGGAGGGCGGAAGGACUAUAAUGGACCUGUGUGACCCGUUUCAACUCAUAUUUGUAAUAAAUGGAAUCAUUUUGA